AUGGCCGACUCGGACUUCGGCAACGACAUCCCGUGCGAUUCCGUACCACCGGAGCUCAAAUCAACAUGCGAACAGAUCCUCAAGAGAGCGCGAGAGUUGCGGAAGGCAGACCCAGUCAUGUGUUACUGGUGUUGCUUCUCGGCGGCGAAUUCGGCCAUGAACGUGCAAUCAAGAUCAUCCGAAGGGACGCAAUUCCUCAUUAAAGUGCUUGACGUGCUGGAAUCAAUGAAAGCUAGCUUGAUUUCGAGUGACUCGAUCGAAACCGCCACGAUAACGGACGAGUCGGCUGGUAGUGCAUACGUGGAGAGCUUUGCCAUAAAGGUGUUCUUGCAGGCCGAUGAUGAGGAUAGAGCAGGAAAGGCGGGGAAGAGCACGAUUCGUAAAUUCGUAGUAGCGGCUCAGUUCAUCGAGGUACUUCGGUCCUUUGAGGCACCUUUCGGAAUGAGGGAAGAAAUGGAACAAAAGCUUCAAUACGCACGAUGGAAAGCCGCUGAUAUCGCCAAGGCCCUAAAGGAGGGAAGGAAGCCUAUUCCGGGACCUCCUGGUGGCGAUCCAGAGUCUAGCUUGGCUGAAGAGGCUGCAGCAGACAAGGUCGCUGAGAACAAUGCAGUUGCCAUCGGGUCGUCCUUCCCCGUCGACCCGCCUUCGUUGAUACAGCCGAGUAGCUCAGGUAGCGGCUUCAGUCAGGGGCUGCCUGUGCCGGUGCGUCACGAUUCUUCGGGAAGCGGUGCCUGGAGCACCGCUGCCACGCCAGGUGUCAGGGACGAAGACGAGUCGAGAGAUGGCCUGGGGAUCGGCGCUGUUAGUAGACCCAACGCGGAUGUAGCAGCUACGGGACCAUCCAAAGACGAAGGCGAGACCCCGUCAAGACGAGGUUCGAAUGCCGACAGAAAGAAUGUGCGUUUCGCCGGGCCAGACGGGGUUCCGCUGAGUCCAGCCGAGACAUUCGUAUCGAUUGAUUCGUAUGUCGCCCCGCUUGGUCCUCCGCCGACUGUGUUGGGGGAAGAUGAUGCUGGGAAGCAAACUCCAUCGGUCCCCAAACCUACAACCGGAUCUACCAAGACUCGGAUCGAGACAAGCGAUGCCACCAAGGAUCUUCCCUCGACUCCCAUGAAAAUGCCGCUCGUGGAUAGGACACCGUCUGCACCUCCGCCAUCUCCUCCCGCAGCAACGCCUGCCGUCGUCCAACUGGAUACCAAGUCUAUCGAACGCUGUCAGAAGCAUUGCAAGUGGGCGAUUAGCGCGCUCGACUAUGAAGAUCUGGAGACGGCGCGAUCGGAGCUUCGCAAAGCCCUAGCGAUGCUUGGCGAGUGA